AUGAAGGAGGAAUAUAGGAGACUAAGGGAGGAAAACCAAAAAAUGAAGGACCAUGUGGCAGACAUGAAGAAAGACUGCCAGGAGCUGAACGUCAAAUACGAGACGGACACGCAGAGACUCCAGGAGUUUAUAGAAGAAACAUGGAAGAGACUGGAAAAAGACGAAGCCGAAAAUAAGGCCAAAGACGAGAAGACAGCCGAACUAAUAGACAGAAUAGACAAAAUUGAAGGAAGAAAAACAAGAAAGGAAACCGACAAGGAAGAAGAGAAAAAGAAGAAAGAGAAAAAGGAAACUCGGAAGGACAAACCGAAAACCAACCCUGAACACGAGAAAGGAAAAAAGAAAAGGCAAGCGAAAAAGCCGACAAAAACCCUGAAACAAGGGAAAACAAAGAAGACGCACGAACUACCAAACGGCCAAGAGCCCAGGAGGUAA